UCCUUUUGGGGGAAAAGAGGAAUUGCAGUGGGUUGCAAGCUUCAUCGGAUAGUAUAACCUGAGAAUCUAUGCUGGACAGUUCCAACUCAAAGUGCUCUGAGUGAAGAUGAAUAUGGGAGAUAACAGCAAGAGAUUGCCGAGCGUUUUCUCAGUGGUGCCUGAAGUUUAUAGGCACUUCACAGAAACGACAUGGCCGGUGUUCAAGAAGGGUCCGGUCAAAACCAUUCUUCUCUUCCUGCUCCUCUUCGUCUCCGCCCUUGUUGCUGCUUGGUGGACCAACACCUCAAUUACGGAUGUUACGAUUCUAAGGUCAUUUCUGCCCUCCAACAAGACCGUCGAACAGUCUGAAGAGAGAGUUAUUCAUGAAUUCCCCUUCAAUUGCUCCAACAUAGACUUAGCAAGAGGUUGCUCCUCUGGGACCCACCACCAUAAUCACACAUCAUCAUCAUCAUCAGGUGAGGAAUGCCCACAUUACUUCAGGUGGAUUCAUGAGAAUCUACGGCCAUGGAAGGAGAGAGGAGGGAUAACAAGGGAGAUGGUGGAGAGAGCAAAACACACAGCCAAUUUCAGAUUGUUGAUCGUGAACGGGACAGUGUAUGUGGAACGAUACAGCCCAGCAUUUCAGACCAGAGAUGUGUUCACAUGGUGGGGGAUACUUCAGCUGAUGAGGAGGUACCCAGGGAGACUACCGGAUUUGGACCUCAUGUUUGAUUGCGAUGAUCAGCCGGUCAUCAGAUCUGACGAUUACAAAGGACUGUUUGCGAAGGCCCCACCACCCCUCUUUCGUUACUGUGCGGAUGACACCACACUGGAUAUCAUUUUCCCUGAUUGGUCCUUCUGGGGCUGGCCAGAAGUGAGGGUAAAGCCAUGGGAGCCACUGUCAAAGCAACUGAGAGAAGGCAACAAGAAGUUGAAAUGGAGUGAUAGGGAACCUUACGCUCACUGGAAAGGGAAUCCCUAUACUUCUCAAAGCAGGCAAAACCUCAUGAAAUGCAAACCCUCCUUCAACCAUGAAUGGAAUGCUCGCGUUUAUGCCCAGGAUUGGGAGAAAGAAUCUCGAAACGGUUUUAAGAAUUCUGAUUUAGCAAAGCAAUGCACACAUAGGUAUAAGAUUUAUGUGGAAGGAAGAGGUUGGUCGGUCAGUGAAAAAUACAUUUUGGCCUGCAAUUCAAUGGCAUUGGUAGUGAAGCCUCGAUACUAUGACUUCUUUUCCAGAAGUUUAAUGCCAUUGCAACACUACUGGCCUAUAAAAGAACAGGAUUUAUGCAGAUCUAUUAAGUUCGUUGUAGACUGGGGAAACACUCACAAAGAACAGGCACAGGACAUUGGAAAUGCAGGGAGUAAAUUUGUACAAGAGGAGCUGAAGAUGGAUAAUGUGUAUGACUAUAUGUUCCAUCUCUUGAAUGAAUACUCUAAGCUUUUGAAGUAUAAACCCACUGUACCUGAACGAGCAGUGGAGUUUUGUUCAGAGAUAAUGGGUUGCCCUGCUUCUGGGUUGGUGAAGCAGUACAUGAAGGAGACACUGGUGAUGGCUCCUAGUGAUACAGGACCCUGUAACAUGCCACCUCCCUUCAACUCCACAACUCUUCAGGAUUUUCUUGGUAAAAAGGAGAAUUACACUAAAUAUGUAGAAACUUGGGAGAAUCGAAAUCAGCAGCAUUAGCAUUCAGAGAACUUCCAUUUUCAUGUCUCUUUAAUACUGCACAGAAAAGAAAAUAAUCCCACAAGGAGAGAAUAGGAAUCUUGUAGGUGUAAUACAGUACAAUAAGGGUUUCUAUUUUUUCAAUUUUUUUUUCUUACUGAGAAAAUUAAUGAUAGAAACAAAGCAUUAAGAGGAAAUUUUGUGGA